UCAGACAUAUUGCGCUUGGAAUAUCGGACAUACUACGGUAAUUACUAAACGACAUGUGCAACACUGCAACGUCCUCUAAACCAUGUGUGCUUUUAAAAAUGCGAUUCUUUAGAUUUUCCAUAUAUUUCUUGGAGCUUCCUUACUCACUUUUAACAUACAAAUAUAAAAAUUAAAAAGUUACUCAUGGCGCGUAACGCGUUGAACCUAAUAAAUAUUGAAUGUCAGGUACUGCUUUGCUUUAUUUGUAAACGUAAUUUUCAAUCACCUCUACUUUGUAUCAUUAAACUUUCAUCUUAACAGAGUUAGAUCCAUUUCUUGGUGACGUCAAACUUUUUCAAAACCUUCAGAAAAUCGAGCUGUGCGUAGCUGAAUUGCUUCCAUAUGAAACUUCAUGAAAGAUUUGUUUGUGCACACAAAACUUUUUGCCUGCCUUUUCAGAGAGAAAACUUUUGUGGGUGAAGAAGUUUUUAGCAGUGUCGUGGACAGGAAAGAUGUCCCGCCUAUGCUCCUGGACUCGAGGUCGUUACUUAACUCACGUGCCUGUGAUAAUACCAUUUUAUGUACAACAGAUAGUCUUGUGAACAUGUCACCUGCCGACGGCAUAGCAGUGAAAUGGAGAACUCAUUUUGAUAAUAAUGGACACGCAAAGUUCAACUCUGUUCGGGAAUGUGCAAGUAGCAUGCAUAUCAGAAACACGGGUCGUAGAAAGUCUCCCGAUAAACACAUUCAAAGAAAUAAUUGUCAUUGCUGCUGCUCGAUUUGCGGUGGCAGUGGCGAUGCAAUUGUUGAGGUUAACAGAAGAUCACGGCAUUCGUCACAGUCAAACUGUGACCGCAGAAAUGUCGGAGACUCUAACCAGCAAAACCUAACGUGGCUUUAUAUGAUCGUGUGGCUUGUGAGCGUCUUGCCGUACAUUAAUGGGCUCACAGGUGAGUUCGUUCACGAUGAUCUCAGCGCCAUUACCUCAAAUCCUGACGUCACCGGAGCCAAUCCUCUCUACCAAGUUUUUCUCAACGACUACUGGGGCAAGCCGCUGUCGCAUCCUCUGUCCCACAAGUCCUACAGACCUCUAACAAUUCUCACGUUCAGGCUGACGCACUCCCUAGUGGGUCUGUCCUCUGCGUGGUUCCACCUCGGCAACGUGGCGCUACACGCGCUGGUCUGCCUGGUCUACACUCGCCUUCUCACCCGCCUGCUUUCCCCCCAAGCUGCUCUCUCCCCAGCCCUCCUCUUUGCCACCCACCCCAUCCACACCGAAGCA